UUUGAAAAUACUACCGACUGUAUCACCUGUCUUACUCUGGCAGGGCUUCUGCAAAUAUUUUGUCAUGUUUUGAUUUAUUGAAGCAAUUGAUCACAAGUGGAGGUCUGUGGUUUGGCUCUGCCAUUGCAAGUGCAAAGUGGUGCUGUUGGAAUCAUUUCUCUCCUAUAGAAAUUUGGAUUUAUAUUUUAAUUUUGGGUUCACAAAAUAUGACUGUAUAAUGUCUAUACAGUUAGCUGACAUAUUUAAAUGGCAAGAUUGUUUUGCUUACAACUGACAGGGUUUUUCUUGCAAAUACAAGAGCUGCUAAGACAUUCUCAGCAGCUGCCUGAAUCUCUACAAGCAGUCUAAUGUUCAUCCCUAUAAGGUGAAAGAAGACAUUGUUCUUUUUUUUUCUGUACUGUGAUUAAGUUAUGAAUUUCUAUGUAUAAAACGUUUGCCUUGUUAAAGCAUUUUUAAAAACUACUUAGUGCUUCCUGCAGAAGAAUGGAGUUACAUUAUCGUUGUACUACAGCUUGCAAAGAUAGUGGGUAUUCUAAACAAUAGGUGUGGAGAUUUCAGUUAAUUGUAUGGAAACUGCAGGAAUUUAGGGUGUUUCAGUUCUCGAUUAUUUGUCUUUGGGACAGGAAUAUUAAAAGGUUAUAUCAUCACCAUAUACUCUGACACUAACUUCAGACUAUUACAAAGGUUGUUGGUGUUCAUUUUUCACUGGUUUCAGAAAACUUUAGAUUGUAUCAUUUGAUACAUUGUUUUCCCUUUUGUUUGGGGUCACAUAAAGUGUUUUAGUAUUGCCUUGUAUUUAUCAGCAAUUCCAGUGAAUUACUGGAUUGAUGUUUUGCUUUGCUUGUUUGUCAGAAUUGUCUGUAAGACUGGAGAACAAAUUUUGUGUAUUGCUUUUAGUUUUUCCUCUGUCCCUUCUUUUCUUUUGAGCUUGUAUUAACCUUGGGUGUUUAAAUGUAUGUGUCCCUGCAAGCAGUAGAGGUGUAAGGUAUCAAAACUGGUAGAAAAAAGAUCUAAUUUGAGAUAAGAUAAACUAACAGAAAGUGGUGGUUAAUUAGAAGGCAAGUAGAUAGAGGUUUAACCUUGAGAGAUGAUGUGUGCAUUAUAAUUUCCAACUGAGGAGUGCCCUCCUUCAUCUCUCCUACUGGGAAACAGUUGAGAAGCUGUUGAGCGUAGUUUGUAGUCUGAAGAUGUGGAAAUUAAUUAGCUCUGUGUAGGUAUUUUUAUUGAAGGAAUGACAGCUACUAAGACCCUAUGCUAUUGUUACUGCCAUGUUAGGUGUUUUUACUUUUUUGUAAGGAAGCUAUUAAUGGGAAAAGUAUUUCAUAGCAGAACAGUAGUGUCCUACUAGGAAGCAGGAGUUUAGGCACUUCUUUCUUAAGCUGAAGGAACCUUUCUUCUGCCAAGAUAUGUUUAAUAUUUCAAUGAGAUAUGUUUAAUAUUUCAAUGGCAGCUACUUGAUGUAGAUUCCCAUUGGUGUGGGAGUAUAACAGUUAAUGACUUGAUAAUUCUUGGUAAACAUAUUUUUACACUGAAAAGUCUUCUGUUUUGCUAGUUGUACUUUAGUGAUCUAUGGAUAUGGGUAUUUAAAAGUCUUACUUUUGCAAAUCACUGAAAAUCGUACAGUUGAAAAUCUUAUAAUUCCCUUACAAUGCUAGGUGCUUAUUCAGCUAUUCUAUUUACACAGGGGAAUUACCAGUUUUUUGGUAAUAGAUGCAAAUUAAUUCUGGUUAUCUUAAAAUGUAACAGGCAAGGACACUUGUGGAGCAUAUUUAAUUUAUGACCUUCAGUUUUACUCUUUCUUCUCAUUUCCACAUUUUACUUGCUUUUUGGUUCAAUAGGAGUGCCUUCUCUGAAAAAAAAAUUGUUGUCUUGUUUGUAUCCCACUGAGAUUUUUGGUUUUUUAGAUAGAUGCUUCUUGUAUAAUCAGUGAAUUUAAUGACACAGUUUGAUGCUCCUGCAAAAUAAUUUCAGUGCCUUACAGUCUCAGUGCCUGUCCUGAAAAACUAAAUUGCUGAAAAAUUAAAUUUGAAAUGUAUAUGAUUGACUUAAGUCUUUCAGUCUUCUUGUACAUGUGACUGUUUAUGAAACCUUUGCAGCAUAGUUUGCACCUCUGUAAAGACAGCAGUUGCUCACGUGCUGUAGGAAUUUAACUGCAGUGAAGGGCAUACAGCAUUUUAAUCCCUUCGCUUAUUUAUCUAGACCAGCCUUUGAAAUGCACAUUUGGUUAAUAACUCUUCUAAGACUAUGAAAGUGCUGGUCUAGAUGUGGUUGGGCCAUAUGUGUCCAACAGAUGCCUGUGGAAAGUGAAAGAAGCACUCUUUGAAAUGAAGUAACACAUAUUUAUUACUUUUAGUAAACUGUGCCGCCUCUAGUCAAGCUUCUUUCCACUGUCCAUUAUUGCCUGUUGGCAAUGUUGGACAUCAAAAGGAUUUUAUUGACACUCCCUAAAAAUAGUAGCCUGCACCCCUCUGCUCCUGGAGCCCUGGCAGUGUGAUUUGCCCUGCGUUCCUUGUACUUGAGCCUCACUGGCAGCAUGACACACGUGGGUCUGAAAGAGUGUUCAAUGAUGUCACAAGCGAAGUGGCAGCAGCAAUAAGGUUCCAACACAUUGUAAAGCCCGUGUGGCACGGCCUUCUUGGGGUACAUGUGGGCUUCAGAGACAGCUUCCUAACUCAGCCAGAGUGGGGAGGAUGGGGCUGAUGACCCUCAUUUUCAUCCUUUGAGGUGGAGGAAGAGACCGGUGGUUUUGUUUCUGUAACUAAUUUUCUUGCUCUGCUAUUGGAGAUGUGCAGCCAGGGAUGGUACAGCUUUGGAAGUAUCUUGAAAAGGCAGGUUUAUCUUUACAGGCUAGGCAAGGCAAAAAAUGGUGAGUUAGUCCAAGUGUAGAUUUCAAAUUGGUUACCAGUCAUAGGUGUAUAAAUGUGUUUGUAUGUGGUGCAUUUUAAAGAUUGUUCACCCACACUUAAAAAUGUAAUGUUCCAGCUGCAAGACUGGCUGCUAGAAUGGCCUCUGCUGUCUUUCACAGACCACUGUGGGGUCAAAUGACAUUCUGUGUUUGAGUGAUGGUGAACAGGAGCUACUUACUUCCCUUCAAAAACAACGCCUUUAUUUUUUCCUCCCUCCAGGCUACUCACUUUUAUGGAUAUAGCAUCCACUCCUUUAAUGUGUGCAGAACACUUAUGUCUUAACUGCUUGGCAAGGGAAGAAUGAUGGAUGUAAGAGUGUAUUAUAGUGUUGGGUUUGGAGGUUAGCAGUUAUUCUGAUUCUGUAUGUUACACUUUAACUGACUGAAUAUAGACUUGUGGUUGCUUUAAUUCUUUGCUUUUAAAAUUUUAAUUAAAGGAAGUAGUUAUUACUUUAGUCAUUUUGAGAAGAAUGUAUUUGUUUUAGGGAGUUUUACAGAAUAAAUAUGUAGUAAAAAGCAGCCUGAACCAUUCUGUCUGCCCUAGUGGGAGGUGGUGAAGGAAUUGCUAGUCAGAAAACAGCACCUGUAGAUUCUCCAAAUAAUGUCUAGAAUUUAUGUCAAUCAAAUAUUGAUUCUUACAAUGCAAGUAAGAUUCAAGUAUUGAUUCUUACAAUGCAAGAUUCUUACCGGGCAAAAUUAUUUAUGCUAAGAUUUUAGCCAGGCACUUAAUACCUGUUAAAGAACCCAUGUAUUUCAAAAUAUGAUGCAUGGUGGGAAGAAUAGCUGAGGGCCUCCUGAAUUGCAUGACUUGAGGUUGUAACCAGAGGUGAUCAUCUACCAUUGUUAAAAGCAAAGCUUGUUUGUUGUAGACAAGUUAGUUAAGGAGAAGAGAGAUAGUACUAUUCUUGUUCAAUAUCAACUGCUCUGUCUUCUGUACUCUUUGGAUGCUUGUUUUUAACAUACAGCUUGCCUGUGGUUUAGUAGUUAGAGAGUUAAACUAAUUGUCAUUUCCUGUGCUAGUAGUUCUUUGGCUGAAAAAGUGCUGACUUGCCUAUAGUUGUCAGUAAUCUCUUGGGUGGCCAAAUGUGUCUUAGAAUUGUACACUGACAAUGAAUCAGUCUCAUUGUGGUUGUGAUUAGCCCAAAAACACAUUCAGGCGUAUUCACUAUGAUUCAAAAAGUGGCUUUCUUACUGGCUUUUGCCACGGGUUAGCCUUGGCUCGCUACUCAGCUGCUUGCUGCUCCCAAUCCUCAGUGAGAGAGGAGAGAAAAUAGGAUGGAAACGCUCAUGUUGAGAGGAAGACAGAGAGAUUGCUUGCCAGCUGCUGUCACAGGCAGAACAGAUUUGGCUGUGGUGUCAGUCCAUGUCGACUUCUCUUCACACUCCUUCCUUGUGCUGUUGCCCUGCUCCAUCCUGGUCUCUCUAGGGCCUUACAGGGGACCUCUGAUCAGAGCUCCUGCUCCUCCUCCUCUGCUCCUGCUCUUGCCUCUGGGUUUGCAGGGCUGUUUCUCACACUCUUGUUCUCCCUCACUCAUUGCUCGUGGGGAGUGUCUUGCUCUUUCUGAACAAAUGCUUUCCCUGAGGCGCUGCCAUCAUGGCAGCGGGGCUCAGCUGAACCCUGCUGUGGCUGCCCUGGAGCUGUCUGGAGCCGGCUGUGUCCAUGGCCUGGCAGCUCCAGCCACUCCUCACACAGGCCUCCCUGCAGCCCCCGCCAGCAGCUGGGCAGCUGCACUCCAUAAAGCUUCUUCAGGAGGAAGCCAUUAUAUUUUGAUAUUUCUUUCCUGGAAUAAUCUAAAUAGAGUGUCCUGAAGUUUACUCCUGCCAGCACUGAGGGAAGGUGUAAUGAAGUAUAAUAAGUUCUGGCUCCUGCCUUAGGGUCCUACAUGAAGUUUCUUGCUGUCUUGGGCAAGUUGAGGAGGCACUAAAUGUGGCCUGUGGGACGCUGCAGAUCAGCUGCAGAGGUCUAGAGGUGGAUGGCUGGAGAAGAGGAGGAAAACUUGCAGCAGGGAAUAACUCGUGUAAAUAUGCUCACAAGUGUGUUAGUCCUGACACAUCAUGCCUCAUAUUCCCAGAAAGUGCUGAGCCCUGUGGAAUUGCCCCGGAGGAUGCUAGCUCUCCCUGGGCACUGUGCUCCACAGCAUCUGGCUGGGUUGCCUGAGUGCGAACAUCCAAUUGAUUGCACAGCCACGCUCAAGUGACCUAUUUCUCUGCAGCCGGCCGUGCUGUAAAUGACACUGCAUCUUUCUGUUCCUCAUUCCCCAGGGAUCUCUGCUGUUUUUUGAGAUUUGAAAGGCCCUUCUCUAAAAGGAGUCAGUAACACAAAUAAAAGAGUCUUGAGUUUUGAGAAUUUUUUAUUCUUUUUCCUUAAAGGUGCAAUAGUCUCUGAAAUAUGGGAGAAUAUGGCAGGUAACCUCCUCUUUUUGCCUGAAGGGGUGUAUGCAGAUGGAUUGCAGGGCAUGAUUUCAUAUUGCAGCUAAAAUAAUCUAGUGAGUAGUUGCUCCCAGCUUCCUGUGUACCUCCACUCGUAUGCCUCCCAUGUACCCACUCUAGCACUUGCUCAACCUUACAGCAAACUAGCUGGGGAAGCUGGACCAGGAAAAUACUGGGGUUAAAUACUGAAUGAGGGAUUUACAGUUGCCUGGUGUCAGGCACCUGACAGGAAUCUGUCUGUUUCACUGCAGGAAACUUCUAUACAGUUGUCUGGCAGGUGUGGGAUAUUUAGAGUCAAGUAGACUAGCUCUUCAAUCUGCUGCUGGACAGUGGAAAAAUCUCCCAGCACAGUCUUGGUUUGCUGCUGCAGAUGACAUCAGGAAGUAUAUAGUUAAUCCCCAGACUUACCAGGAAGGUCAAGGAAGGUUAAGUGAGGAUCAGGAAAAAGUGACAUUAAUUCCAUUGGACAGUGUAACUUCCACCAAUUAGUGGGCUCACAGGUUUAAGCAAGUCCAGAAUAAUGGAUAAUGACUGAAGAGAUGGUAGGAGACUCUCUCAGUCUUGCUGAGAAAAGGCAGUGCAAGUAGUGUCAAGUAAAGGUCUUAACUGCCUCUUCAUUUCUUAAAAUACCUGAAGUAGAUCUAGCAAAUGCAAUUAAAAAAGAAAAAGAUGCUUUCAACCUUCGGAUACACUAGAGACCAGUGGUGUGGUAUUCAGACGAGAAACAUUCUUGAAUGAUCCUGGAGUCAGAUCUGAGAUUCCUUAUAAGGCUCAGAUUAUUCCUCAGUGGGAUGGUUACCUGGUACUGAAUCCCUGUGGCAGUCCUCAGCGAUCUCAUCAAGCAGUCAAAACAAUCCUGUGAGAAGACACAGCAUAGCUUCUGACAGCGGGGACACUGGGAUUGGUACCUCCUGUUCUGACAGUGUGGAAGAUCAUUCAACUUCAAGUGGUACAUCGUCAUUUAAGCCCAGCCGAUCACUGGUUUCUAUUCCCACUGCCCAUGUGAUGCUGUCUAGUGCCAGCUCUUCACUUUCCAAACACAGGGAAGCUUUCAAGUCUGAUGGCUCAAAAUGGAGUACAAGCUUUGUACGGUCAGGAGGAGGCAGAAAUCAGGGAGCCCUGGACAAUUCUCUUGACAUGAAAGAUGCAAGACCUGUAAGAAAAUGGUCCUCCUUGUCUAAACUCAGCUCACCAAAUAAUUUCAGCCAAGAUGGAAGUAGCCAUUCGGUGGAAUACAGGGCUGGUAUGGACAAAGCUGUGCCACCUCAAUUAAGAACAAAUGGGCCAAGUUGUUUGCAUGAUAGCAUGGAGUUGCUAAAAAUUGAAGACAAAGAAAUGGGGAAAAAACGAUCUUCUCUACUAGACUGCAAAUACAAAUUUGAAACGUGCAGCAAAGACGACUUUGUUUCAGAUUCCCCAAGUAGGAGACAUGCCUUAGACUUGACCUACAGUGCCUUACCUGAAAGCAAACCUGCGACAGGCGGCUGUGACGCUUUCGGCCAGAGAUAUGCGACACUGGGACAGCAGGCUGUGAGCGGAGCUCCCAUACAGCCGGCAGUGAGGACUCAGAUGUGGCUCAAGGAGCAGCUGCGGGCAAAUCCCCUGGACUGCAGGCCUGCUGAGGAGCCCUAUGGUGUGCCUGCAUGGCACAUGCAGCAGCUUGAAGACUUUAGAAUAGCAGGUGACCAGCCUGUGCAGGUUUCACCUGGAACAUCUCGUUCAAGUUACCCAGCUACCAGCUAUCAGGACUCCAGCAACUGGGAAUCUCUAAUGAAAAUUAAAGAAGGGCUGCUUAGACAGAAGGAGUUUGUGAUUGAUAGGCAGAAUCAGCAAAUUAACAAUUUACAUCAGAAGAUAAGGGAGAAUGAAAUACGAGCUCAACAUGCAAGACUGAGCCAUCUUGUGAACCGCGAAGAACCAUACCUGACUAACUUACAGCAACCACAGUAUGAGAGCACACCACUGCAACCUCACAUUUCAGAAAGAUCAGCAUCCCACCUCGAGGAGCUUGAGCGAAAGAUUGCAGCAGCUGAGAGCAAGGAAUUGCAACUCAGUGAAAUUGUGAAACAACUUUCAAACAAAUCUAGUGAGGAGAAAAAGAAGAUGGAGGAGAAACUUAAAACUAGAGACCGAUAUAUUAAUAGCCUGAAAAAGAAAUGCCAGAAAGAGUCUGAGCAAAACAAAGAAAAGCAAAGACGAAUUGAAACGUUAGAAAAAUACCUGGCUGACCUUCCAACACUGGAUGAUAUAGAAGGGCAGACUAAACAGCUUCAAAUUCUAGAAGAGAAGAACAAGCAACUUCAAGAAACCAUAGCUGAGUUGGAAAAGAAGCUCGGAGAGGCCCGGUCACAGUGCAGAGAGAGAGAAUUACAGCUGACGUCUCAGAAGAAAAAAGAAAAAGAGCUGGUCACAACAGUGCAGAGUUUACAGCAGAAAGUAGAAAAAUGCCUGGAAGAUGGUAUUCGGCUUCCUAUGUUGGACACAAAGCAGCUUCAGAGUGAGAAUGAAAGUCUCAAGGAGAAGAAUGAGAAAGCCAGUAAGAUAAUAGACAAUCAACAAAAUCAGAUAACUGGACUGAUUUUGGACAUGCAGUCUAUGCAAGAGAAGCUUUCACAAGAAAAGCUGAUUAUUCAGAAGAUGACAAAUGAGCUUGAGGAAAAAGAAAGACAUAUAGAGCAGCUGAGUAAAACUCUCUCUGAAAACCAAAGACUGAUGGAAGAGAAUGCCUGCCUGAAGGAGCAGAUGAGGCUGGUGGAGCAGUCCAGGCAGCCAGUAUCUGAGAAGAUGCCUGUAGCAGACCAGUUGUUCAAGGAAAUGUCCCACUGCUUGUUUGACUUGAAAGCACUGUGCAGUAUUCUUACCCAGAGAGCUCAGGGCAAGGAGCCUAACCUUUCCUUACUGCUGGGAAUCAGAUCACUGAGCUGCUCAUCUGAAGAGAGUGAAAAUUACCACAGCACAGAGACCCUUUCGAGGAAGCUCUCAGACGUCUGUCAGCUGCGGAAGGACAUCGAUGAGUUAAGGACUAUCGUGUCAGACCGUUAUGCUCAGGACAUGGGGGACAACUGCAUCACUCAGUGACAACACUCCAUCCUCUGGUAAACGACUUACUGGGUCCUGCUGUGUCACAGGUCUUUGCAUUUCCAUUAAGGAGCCAUAUGGGAAGGCUGCAAAUAGCACCAGACACGCAUCUCCGAGGGCUGUGUGUAAUGGAUCUCGGGAGUCUGGUGUGCAGGGGGCAGUCGUCGUGUGAACAGUGGUACAAACUGCAAGAAAUCUGUUCUCCAAACUACUGAAUGUAGGAACAAGCUGUGAAGAAUGAUUCAGUUGGACACUCUGUUUCCUUCAUUUGGGCUCAUUUCAUUACUUUGCCUAGUUUUUGGAUCCAGAGCUUUGGAACAGCCAUGCUGCUACAACUCUCAGUCCUUUCCUUCAUCAAGGGUUUGUGUGGCAUUAUCUGAGUUCAGAUCUUAGGGGAGAGGGUUGACAAACCUAUGCAUGUGUAUGCCUGGCUGUACAUGAUGAAGCCAGAGGCUUCUACCACUGCACUUCACUCUAAGAAUUGCAAUUGGAACAAUCUUGGAACAUUCAAAAAGUAAUUGCUCUCCAAGUUGUCAAAAAUUAGGAUAUAAGAAAGAUGUUUUUAGUAAUGGAUGUCUACCUUGUUUGUCCAGUAGCAGAAAAACCCCAGGUUUAACUCCUUUAUGCAAACGAGUCCAUAAAAUAUAGCUGUACCAGAUUGUUUGAAGCACUCUCAUGUUGCUGUAAGAAGUUUCAAUAGUUCAAAGUCUGUGACAAACCAGAGAAGCUGUAAGACAUAAAACUGCAGCAUACUCCAUGGCUGUAAGAAAAAAACCCCAAAACAACCAGCAACUGUAUUUUAGUGUUUGUACUUAUUUUUCCCCUUAGGUCCUUUCUAUUUCAAAAUGUUGCUGUAUUUUGUUCCUGAAGGCCUCUGAUAAGGUUGUGCACCACCUCAGCCAUUUUUACCACAUCUACAAAAAGGGUGUUUGACUCUUGGCAAAAUUAAGGCUCAAAACAGAAUGUUUCCAGGUAGCAGUAUAAAGUACUUGGUUAUCUGAGGACUGAAAAAUUUUCCACAUUGUUUGGAAAAAUCUUGAUUUCUCCAUUUUUGUAGGAAGCAAUUACAUAAAAUAGUAAGCUCAUGUUCCAUAGCUUAUUCAGUGUCACUUGGCAGUUCUCUUUAACUCCCAUGGGAGAGAUGAUGUUUCCAGGAACAUCACUGCAAGUUAGUUGCACAGUUAUGCCUGGUGGAAAAUAGUAUUUAACUGAAGGAAACAAAAACUUGCCAAGAGUAAAACCUCUUUUAAAUCACACCCCUAAGAAAAAUACAUGUAUCACUUACUUGUGUGGUAUUGCAGGAAGGUUUCAGAUGCCUUAAGGUGCAAGUCAGUCAACUGAUCUGGAGUGGGAAUGACAGCAGAAAUCUCUUGGAAAGCUUAGCAAUUCAAACCAAGUUAAUUCUAGGGUAACGUUUUUAUGGCAAAAGUGAAUAUCUUCAGUUUUCUGAUUUGGUGAUGUGUUGCUUUCUCUUCAUUGUUUAACAGUUAUUGUUAAUGUUGUUUUUAUGAUUUAGUGGUUGAAUUGUUUUUAGCUGUAUGGAUUAUUUAUUUGACAGUUUUCUCUGUCCUGAAAGUAGACUUGGAAAUUUGUGAAAAGUAGUGUUGCUAUUUAUAUUACUGCUACAUGGUGUUAUCAGAUAGAUUAAUCUGACUGGUUCAGCUCCUGUGAGCACUAAAACAGUGUCUAGAUAAAAUCACAAGUGAAGUUAUCUAGUGUCUACUUAAAAAAAAAAAAAAAAAAAAA